UCUCGUUUUGGGGGUAUUCUUGAUGCUUUUUAUGGCAGUAUCGUUACUCUCAUCUUCCUCUGUCCUAAUUGGGCUCAAUAAAUACUCCAAUUCCCCUUUCAAUAUCUUGUCAUCACUAACUUAACAUGACCGACCCACCUGAAAUUUGAGAUUCAGACAAAGCAAAAGCAAAGCUGUGUUGACAGUAGACACAUGCAAAUUGCAGUCUAAUCUUUCUAAAUCCAAUGAAAGCUCUACAACAGGUUUCGGGAGCCUCAAGUAAGCCAAAAACCCACCCUUGAACCCACCUUUAUAUACCAGUACCUGUUCUUGUACAUACAUUAAUUGCAUCGAACAUUUUUUGUUUCGGUCAUCUGUAAAUUUACACCACUCGGUCUAAUGAUAAGUACGUAAUUCCAUGUCGACUACUCUUAGUUCACUGGAGUUGAUGCUGGUGCAAAUCCAGCAGAUAGAGGAUCAGCCCAAGGAUGCACCGCCGGCAUUACCGGUUCGUCCGGUUUCUAGGGCCCGGCUACCUCGGGCAAGAAAGAACUUGCCAUUUAAUUUCUAUAAGAGUGGUUGUGAAGAGAAUUGUGGGUAUAAGAUUGAAAGUUUCAAAUUUCUUGAGUCAAUUCAUGAACCAGAUUUAGCAGACAGCGAUGGUAUUCGGAUUGGGGUACUGGAGAAUUCAAAGGAAACAGCAGAAAAAGGGAUAUUGAAAAUUCAGAAAUGCUAUAGAGGCCAUCAAAUAAGAUGCUACUACAGCAAGCUUAGAAGAGGAGUAAUUGCACUGCAAUCAUUUGUCCGCGGUGAAAAUUCAAGAAGGGAACACUGGUACCGGAUUACGAGGCUGACGGCAAUUGUCGUAAUACAGAAACACAUUAGAGAGUGGUAUGCGUAUAGAGAACUAAAAGAGAGACUUGCAGCAGUUGUAUGCUUGCAAUCUGGAAUUCGAGGUUUGUUGUCCCGAAAUCAUUUCAACCACAUAGAACACGAGCAAAAACUAAAAAUUGAGAACGAGAAAGAUGUCAGAAACCUGCCUAAAGACAUAGACGAGAAGGAUCUCGUCCUGGUUCAGCAUUUUGUUCUUGUUGAUCUUCAAAAGCAAGCUUUGAGGAUGGAGGCAAAAGUGCGGAAAAAGAACAAUGAAAAUUCUUCUUUGAAGAUGCGACUUCAGAAAAUGGAGGGAAAAUGGCAAGAAUAUGAGGAGAGAAUGAAAUCUUUGGAGAAAACCUGGCAAGACCAAUUGACUUAUAUACAAACAUGUUUAGCUGCAGCAAAGAAAAAUCCCACAGAUGAAAUCAUUAUCGGGAAAUUCGGACAGUGUGAUACUACCUCAAGACAUCAAAAUCAGAAUGCUGAUGGCACAACCACAAGAACUGGAGUUUACCAUGGAAAGAGUAUGGUGAACUCAUUGGAUUUGCCAAGUAACGAUGAAUCAGGGCCACAUAUCAUAAAUAAUUCAACCAAUCAUGUAAUUGAACAAUUUGAAGGCGCGUAUGAUGAUGAUGGUGAUCGGGCUAGAGUUGCGACAGAUCAGGUCAAGUUGCAUCCUGGUGUAGAGCUUCGGAAACUUAAGCUUAGGUUCACAGCAUGGAAAAAAGACUUCAAAAUUCGGUUAUGGGAGGCAGAAACGACGUUCAAGAAGCUUGGCCAUCUCGAAACUGAAAAGGGCCAAAAGAGAUGGUGGGAAAGACAAAUGAAAAAGGGGAUUGGAAACUGAGACCUUGAUUUUGAGGGAUUUAAUCGAUUGCGACGCCAAUUUAUUCGGAUGUGUAGUUUGCAUGCAAUAAUGGUCUGUUGAGUAAGUUGAAUUGUACAAUGUUCUAAAGUUAACAUUAUGAAAAAGAAAUUAAAAUAUUGUUUUAUCAA